AUGUUCGGUGUAACUGUAGUGGCGGUAACAAAAGUUAUUGUAGCUGUCUGUAUAGGUGCCUUUACAUGCCGAAAGAUUCCAAACGCCUCAGUCACUAUUCGUGAUUUUAGUUUUAUUAUCGCCAAUAUUCUCUUGCCGUCUCUUACUUUCUACAACACCGCUGUCUCUGUGAAUGCGGAGUUGUUAUUACGAAGUUCCGUUCUUAUUGUUUUUGCUGUAUUUGUUAUUGGACUUGGUUUGGUCUGUGCUGCAUUAGCAUCUAAAGUAUUAUAUCCUGUAAAGAAUACAGGAAUCCCAUAUGAACUGCGAAAAUGUCUACGCUACACAUUAAUAUACCAAAAUGCAGAGGGAUCUAGGGCAAGUAGAAAGGAACGUCGUCGGAAUAGAAAAUUGCAGAAACAACAACAAAAACAACAAGAACGAGGAGAAAGAGGCCAAUCACAAUCACAACAACAACCACAACAACAACAAGAAAAGUUAUUACGACCUGUUGUAUGUAUUGUAGUGAGUGGAGAACUGGAAAAGCAGCGUGUAGAACCGGAAGAAAUAUUACCACUGAUUGAACCACCCGCUGUGGAAUAUGAAGAACAGCCAUUUUAUUAUUACGCUACAAUGACUGCCUGUUCCAUACAAAAUACAGUAACACUUCCACUUUCACUACUUCAAGCGUUGGCGGCAUCUCUCGCGUGGAUUGAUCUCGCCGCUGGCACUUCCUAUAUAUUUAUUUACAGUGUGUUUGCGAGUGCCUAUCUUUGGAGUGCGGGUCCUGUGCUGGUAGGACGGGCAAAGAAAGAAACAGAGAAACGAAGAACUAUACGUAAAAUAUUGGAACAACAUAAAAAACUUCAGAAUUGUCGAGAUGUGGCCACACAAACGGUAUUACGCAGAGAAUCCUCACGAAUGGCAUCUCCAAAUUUCCCUAUUUCACUUCCAAUGCCAAUUCCAAUAGGCCCAGUCUCCACCACAACACCCCCACCAGCACCAUUACCACCGCCAUCUUCUUCUUCUUCUUCCGUUUCUUCCUUCUCAUCUGCGGCGGUGGUGGCGGAGUCCGUGCGAGUGAGUGUGAUGGACACAAUCCCCACAAGAGAACCCACAGGGAUGAUGAUGAAAAUGAUGAUGGGAGCACACAGCACUGGAGAACAGGUGGAUCUCCAAGCAAGCAAUGAUCAAGCUCCUCCUCUUCUUUCCGCAGCUCAGGGAUUUUGUCAGACAUUUCCAUAUGAUUGGCGAAAACGCGGUCUCAUUCGUGUUGUGUAUUCACAAGAGUUUAAGGAUGAAGAUGAAGCGAAACCAAGUAUGACUUCCAUUCUCGCUAGUGUUGCACGCACAAUAAAGAAUACCGUACUUCGGCUGCUGGGAACACUUGCCUUUACAUCUGUGGUAGCAGGUGUUGUUGUAGGGAUUGUUCCACCGCUGCGGUGGUUAGUGUUUGAAGGACCGCUUUCAAUGGUGAUGGAUUCCAUCGCGUUGGUUGCAGCGGGUUCUAUUCCAUCAUCAUUAUUAUUGCUUGGUGGUAAUUUAGCAGGUGGAGCUCAUCAAGCAACAACAGAGACAGAAGUGCGUUUGCGAGAGGCAGAACAGAACACAGAGUUCCCACUAGAUGAUGAUACAGAAGAACCAAAGUAUGUGGAGAAGUAUAAUGCAGCUCAUGCGUCUAUUGAAUUUGAUGAACACGCAUCCUUUACGUUAAUAGGACUACAACAAGAAGAACAGCGACUGCGAGAACUACAAAUACAACAACAACAACAACAACAAAAUGGUCAUGAUAAUCAACGAGGCGCUACUUCUACUUCAUCAUCAUCAGAGGGUUAUGGAAUGAUUAAAGGUGCAUUGGAUCUUUUUUCAUUAAAUGGGGUUCGUAAAAGUUUUGUCUUUGGUGUUCUCUUCCUUCGAUUAUUAUUGAUGCCUACUAUUGGUUUUACAUUGGUAUUAGCAUUACGGGCUGCGGUUCCUUCUCUUUUUGGUGGAAAGACUGGACAUGAUGUCUUGUUGUUGGUUUUAUUAGGUGAAUUAGCGGCUCCUACUGCUAUUAACGCCGCACUUUUGUUUAAUUCCGCUCAGUAUAUGCCUGGUGUGUGGGCAAAGAUGAUGUUUUUUCAGUACAUCUGCUGUACAUUAUCGUUUGUGCUUUGGUGCACACUUUCUCUCUAUUUUGCAGGUUAG